CUCCUGAGCGCGUCACAAUUUUCCUCGAUAAUUACGUAUUAUUUUAUGUCUAAAGGAAGACAUUCUGGUCCAGUUAAUUGCGAAUUUAAUAAUCUUCAUCUCUGAAAAUAAUAGAGAAGCGCAAAAAAAAAAUGGAAAAUUAUUGCUCCAUCCAUAACUUCACUUCUAACAAGUUUUUUUUGUUGUCUAGACAAGACAAAACAAAAUAACUUGACCUGCGCAAGCAGUAUUCUGGAAUUCACCAAAAAUCCAACAUUCCUUCAGAUGGUUUUUUUUUUUUUUUUUAAAAAACAACAAUCUCGUGGAUACAUGAAGUGGAUGUGGUUAAUUCGGUGAGGUUGAUAGUUUUUUUGAAUUGGUAAGGUUUGUGAAGUUAUGGGCAAAACAUAGGGGAGGAUUCCUAAUGAGACAAGCAAUUUCACAGAUGUUUCUGGUGUGUGGAAUUUGUGAUAUUGAAGCGGAUGUUGAGGAAUAAACAGACUACUACUAGGAGCGUCAUGACGGAGAUAGGUCGCGAUGAUGGCGAUGAUGGUCGCGACAGGCGGCAGAUACCUGAGGCCCAGGUGGUGGGAGGAUGGCUAAACGUCGCCCAUCCGCACAUAAAACCCAACAAACUACUAGUUCCACCUCAGUUCGCCUUCAACAUUCGUUUCCAAUAGUUGCCAUUCACCAAAACACUUGUUUCAUCUUGCCAAACUUCUGCAUUCCCUCAAAUUAAACAAUUGGAUUGUGAACAAGUGAUUUUUGUGAUUAAAAUCAGUGACAAUUUAAAAAAUGCACAAACUAAUUGAGAUGAUUAUGGUUCUCGCCCUGACUACUGUCUGGGCAGUUCGAGUAGAUAGCUCCGCUAUUCCCAUGUGGGAAUUUCUCUCCAGAGAUGAGAAGAUAAGUCAUCUCUAUCGGUUGUUCAGUAAGCGAGUGAUGGAUUACUGUCAGAAAUCUUCUAUGCCUGAUUGCAAUAAAAAUCUUAUGGUCAUGGGACUUAGACAGCUCGCUAAUAUGAAUGAUAAUGAAAUGGACAGACUGGAUCCUUAUCAAAGAGAUGCUGACGAUAUGAUCUGGAAAGCUGUAUUCGGUGACAAUCGAGUAACUUCUCACGUACCCCAGGAGAAACAGGACAAUUAUUACACCACCGACAACGAGCCUCUAGUUGCGAGUGGAAGUGAGCAUAAUUGUCUUGGAGAGGAUUCUGAGGACAGCGGUGGCCCAUACCUGGUGGGGCCGAUGGUCAUUCGAGUUUUUCCCGACGGACGUCCGGUGCCCGAGGACGAGCACCGACCCUUACCUCGGGACGAGGACCUCGACGAGUUCAAGAACUCCGUGCCAUCGCUCGCCGAGAAUGAGAGACGCGAGAUCUAUAAGAAACCCUAUGGCUUACUCAAGAGGAACUCACUGGUGAAAAGUGCACAGUGGCCAAUCUUUCCCCCUCCCAAUAAUUAUUAUCGGGCUAAUCCCCUCUUUCGCACACUUCGCAUGCCCCAGACCAUCAACACGAGCAUCUUUCGUUAUUCUGAGUAGAAUAGAAAGGGACGUGAUCAUUGAGUUCCGAAGAGAUGAGCAAAAAUUUCUUGAGGUUCAAUAUUUUUCUUUGGAAAUUUCGCUACAUUUAUUAAAAUUUACCAUUUUUCACUAUUUAUUUCAUGAAAAAUG